CCUUUUGACGCCAAGCAACAAUCACUUUUUAGUUGUGACGUCAAAUAUUUUGAAUUAUGAAGUCAAAGUUUACGGAACCUGUGUGAUGUUAUGUAAUGGCGGACAAAUUUGCUUACAAGUGUAAAUACGUCUAUUGACAGGUGAUUACAGAUGACAAACUGCCAUUAAGAUGUUACAGAGCAUAAUUCCAUUUCUCUGCAUUGUCUCUGGAGCGCUAGCAGUUGAUGGGAAUUGGUCUGCUUGGGGAUCCUGGGGUGGAUGUUCACAGACAUGUGGAUCUGGCACCAGAUAUAGGUCACGGUCUUGUUCAAAUCCGUUCCCGUCUUUCAAUGGUGCGGAUUGUGUUGGUGAUACACAGGUGUCACAAACAUGUAAUACAAAUACCUGUCCGGCAGUGAAUGGUGCGUGGUCUGACUGGGGAGACUGGGGCGACUGCUCUAAUGCCUGUGGAUCAGGAACUAAGACAAGAACCAGGGAUUGUACAGACCCAACUCCCAUGUACGGGGGAUCAGAUUGUUCAGCCUCAAACACACAGUCACAAAGUGACAUUUGUACAGGGCCAUGUGCAGUUGAUGGUGUAUGGGGUAGCUGGGGUUCGUAUGGGGACUGUACUCAUACAUGUGGAGGAGGGAAGAAAGCUAGGAGACGUUCUUGUGACAAUCCAGUACCCUCCAAUGGGGGAGACGACUGUUCCGGAGAUACUUACGACAUAGCAGAUUGUAACACCGGGGCAUGUUCCGUUCCGGCAGCAGGAACAUAUGUUCAGAUUUGUCCAACAGGAUUUUUUACAUGUGAAUCUGGAAUAGUUGGUUGCAUCAAUAAUACAUUACAAUGUGAUUGUACAAACCACUGUUCUGAUAGCAGCGACGAAUCUACAUCAUAUGCCUCGUGUCCAGCUGUCCCAACAUGUACAGGUUCUGAUGUAAAGAGCAGCAUAACCAUAUGUCUACUUUUGGGUUUAAUGCGAUUUGUUGUUGAGAAGAUAAUUAUUUGAGAUCGUUAUGAAAUGUUCAGAACGAAUGUCAUUGUGUAAUGAACUUAUUCAUCAACAUAGCUUGUAUGAUAUAUUGUGAACCAUUCUGUUACAAGGGCUUGAUGUUAUGUGUUAUGAAAGAAGUACUUCACUUGUAAGAUAAAUGCAUUUAUAUAUAUAAGUUUUUUUGUUAUUUUUUACUAAUCUUAAUGCGUAUUUUUUUA